AUGGCGAGUGACGGCGACGGGAAGGGCCGCAUCGCGACGGCGCCGGGGGGAGGGUACGGGUACGGGUACGGGUACGGCGGCUACGAGGGGCCGGAGGACCGGAAAUGGUGGCCGUGGCUCGUGCCCACCGUGAUCGUCGCCUGCAUCGCCGUGUUCGUCGUCGAGAUGUACGAGAACAACUGCCCCAAGCACGGGAGCCAGUUCGGCGGCUGCGUCGCCGGGUUCCUCCGCCGCUUCUCCUUCCAGCCGCUCCGCGAGAACCCGCUGCUCGGGCCGUCAUCCUCCACUUUGGAGAAAAUGGGAGCUCUUGACUGGAAUAAAAUUGUUCAUCAAAACCAAGGGUGGCGCCUUAUUAGCUGCAUCUGGCUCCAUGCUGGCCUAAUCCAUUUGGUUGUGAACAUGCUAAGUUUGCUGUUUAUUGGAAUCCGCCUUGAGCAGCAAUUUGGAUUUGUUCGCAUUGGUGCCAUAUACCUACUGUCUGGUUUUGGUGGCAGCGUGUUGUCUGCACUCUUCCUAGGGAACAACAUCUCCGUUGGUGCUUCUGGAGCUUUAUUUGGCCUGCUUGGAUCCAUGCUUUCUGAACUACUCAUGAACUGGACUAUAUACUCCAACAAGGCAGCAGCUAUAAUAACACUCCUGUUUAUUAUUGCACUUAACUUAGCUAUUGGGAUACUACCUCACGUUGACAACUUUGCACACAUUGGUGGAUUCGCGACGGGUUUCCUCUUGGGUUUUGUUCUGUUGGCAAGGCCUCAAUUUAGCUGGAUGGAGCGCCAUGAGUUGCCACAGACUAACCAACCUCCCAAGUACAAAGCAUACCAGUAUAUUUUGUGGGUUGUGGCACUCGUCUUGCUGUUAGUUGGGUUUGUGAUUUCACUGGUGAUGCUUUUCAAAGGGAAGAAUGGGAACGAUGGCUGCCACUGGUGCCACUACCUGAACUGCGUGCCAACAUCUAAGUGGAAGUGCAACACCUAG